GGCGUGUACAACUAAACAGGCCAGUGGAGAAAUCAAAACAUACCUAUUCAUUUUCGCUCUCUCUUGCUUCGAAGUUCGAAGACCUUUCUUAGGAUCUUAGGGCGAGAAACGAUGUCCGAAGACGCUGGCGAUGACCAAUGGGCUGAGGAUUUGAAGAGGGAGCCCAACAGUCCGCCGACCGUCUUCUCACGAUGUAGCUCGACAGGAUCCAUUCACACGCUGUCCAGUUCAGCGCACAACACAGACGACGAAGAUGACAGCGGCACGGACACGCGAUCGUACAAAGAACGCCGUCGUGAAGCACACACGCAGGCUGAACAGAAACGGAGAGAUGCAAUCAAAAAGGGCUAUGAUGCGCUCCAAGCGUUGGUGCCUACUUGUCAGCAGGCAGACGCAGCCUCCGGUUACAAACUGAGCAAAGCCACAGUUCUUCACAAGUCCAUUGAUUAUAUGCAGUACUUGGCACAACAAAGACGGAAACAGGAGGACGAGCGAAACGCCCUACGGAAGGAGGUGAUGGCCUUAAGAAUUAUGCAGGCCAAUUACGAGAAUAUGGUCAGAGCCCACCAGGCACAGCCUGGGCCCACUGAGACGAGGGUCUCCGACGAUACCAAAUUCCAGCUGUUCAGAGCUAUUCUGGACAAUUUAUUUAACAGCUUCAACGCUUCCGUCUCUACUGCCAACUUUUCCGAGCUCUCUGGUUGUGUAUUUGCUUGGCUCGAGGAGCACUGCAAACCUCAAAGGUUGAGAUUCCUGGUCCAAACUGUACUUGAUACGCUGUCAGUCCAGAGUUCUUCAUAGACUAUAUUAUUCGUGAAUGUUUAAAAUGGUGAUAACAUUGUUUUGUUUUAUGGGCAUCUUUAUUUUAUAUACACAAGAAAGAAAGAAAUAAAUGUAUAUUUUCUGUUAAAUGGAAAUAACUGACC